AUGUGUAGGGCGACGUUGUUGAUGGUUCCUAGUCUUGCUGUGAGGUUGGGAGCAACGGGGGAGGCUGUUGGGUGGGGGUUUCUUGGGCUGGAUGGGACGUUGAUGUCGCUGCAUGUGGAGGAACCAUAUCGCCGUCUCGGCUUCGGAAAGGCAAUAGCCAUCAAACUCAUGCGCGAGCGUCUCCACGAAUAUGGUGACGACGGCCUGGGGGCUGCGGAUGUUUGGGUUGAAAACACAAAGAGUCAAGGCCUAUGCCGUGCUAUUGGUGGUAAACCAUCGUGGAUUGUAUCAUGGGGAAUACUCGAUCUUGAAAGCAUGCAAAACAUCAAGCUCUAA